AAACAAGAAAAAAAGAAAAUUACAGAGAUUUCACCACCCAAAAUACAAUCGUCUUUAUUUCAAUCAAGGCCGGCGCCAAAAAAAUCGCCAAUAAUUAAAUUUUCACCAGUUCUGAAAUGCGACGGAGGCAAGCAAAAAUACCUGAGCAUUAAUCUGUCAGCAACACAAAACAAAAUCGACAGAGAAAUGAGCGGCGCUCGACUGUGCGCGUUGCUCGGAGAAUUAGGAUACGGCAGUGCAGAUACUUUAGACCCCGACAGCUUUGAAUGGCCGUUUCAAUACGACGACGCACGGCCUAUCCUUGACUGGAUCUCCUCCAGUCUCCGUCCUUCUAACGUUCUCUCCGUCUCCGAGCUCUCUCAGUACGAGCAGUUUCUUCAAGAAGGAAAGCUACUGGAGGGUGAAGAUUUGGACUUUGCUUGUGAUAGCAUUUCGGCCUUUUCUUCUGGUAGAGACAAUCAAGAAGCAGUUUUUGGUGCUGAAGAAAGCUUAAAAGAUAUUCGGGAUGCAACUGUGGCAUAUAAGGCUGAAGCCUUAGAGUUGCAGAGACAGCUGAUGCAUCUGCAGUCUCAAUCUGAUAUGCUGACUGCCCAGGCUUCAGCUUUGGUUCAAGGGAGACGUGCUCGAGUUGCUGCAACAUCUACUGUCAAUGGAUACCUUGCAGCAAUAGAUGAUAGUCUUUCAGCACAAAACUUAAGGACAAAUGAAGUUCUUGGAAGGAUUGUGUCUACAGCACAAGAGUUGGCUCAUUAUCAUUCUGGGGAUGAGGAUGGUCUAUACUUGGCGUACUCUGAUUUUCAUCAAUACUUGCUUGGAGAUUCAGCUUGUACAAAAGAAAUAAAUCAGUGGUUUUCUAAACAGCUGGACACGGGUCCUUUUCGACUAGUUGCUGAGGAGGGAAAAUCAAAAUGUUCGUGGGUGAGUCUUGAUGACAUCUCAAAUAUUUUAGUAAGAGCAGAUCUAGAAAAAUCUCACCAUCAACGUGUAUCUGAAUUGCAACGGCUUCGAUCCAUAUUCGGAACAAGUGAAAGACAGUGGGUUGAAGCCCAGGUUGAGAAUGCUAAGCAGCAAGCUAUUCUCACGGCACUUAAAUCUCAAAUUACAUCAGAUGAAGCUCACAUUCAUCUUGAUCUUCACAGUCUUAGAAGAAAGCAUUCUGAACUGGUGGGAGAACUUUCAAAUCUUCAUCACAAAGAAGACAAGUUAUUAUCUGAGACCAUCCCUGAUCUUUGUUGGGAGCUGGCUCAACUUCAAGAUACCUACAUUUUGCAAGGUGAUUACGAUCUCAAGGUCAUGCGCCAAGAAUAUUAUAUCAACCGACAGAAAGCGUAUAUAAAUCAUUUAAUCAAUCAGCUAGCAAGGCAUCAGUUCUUAAAACUAGCUUGCCAGUUGGAAAAAAAGAAUAUGCUUGGAGCAUUUUCAUUACUUAAAGUUAUUGAGUCAGAGCUUCAGGGAUUCUUGUCAGCAACUAAAGGCAGAGUGGGACGCUGCCUUGCACUGACUCAAGCCGCAUCUGAUGUACAAGAACAAGGAGCAGUUGAUGAUCGUGACACUCUUCUGCAUGGUGUUAGAGACCUUCUAAGCAUCCAUUCAAAAGCUCAAUCUGGAUUGUCAACUUAUGUAUCGGCGCCAGGCAUUGUACAGCAUAUUUCUGCUCUUCAAUCUGACUUGAUAAAGCUGCAGUCGGAUCUUGAAAAUUCUCUUCCAGAAGACAGAAAUAGAUUCAUUAAUGAACUGUGCACGCUGAUUCAAAGUUUGCAGCAGUUACUCUUUGCUUCUUCAACGACUGCACAGCCAAUAUUGACACCCCGGACAUUAAUGAAGGAGCUUGAUGAAAUGGAAAAGAUAAAUGCAAAACUCUCUACUGCAGUAGAAGAUGUGACAUUAGAACACUGCAAAAAGAAUGAGAUUGUAAAACAUCACUCCCAAGAGGUCGGACUUCAGAGACGGGUUUUUGUCAGUUUCUUCUGCAAUCCCGAACGUUUGAGGAGCCAAGUGAGAGAGCUGACUGCACGAGUCAGAGCUUUACAGGCUUCUUAAUCCACUCAUUCGUUUGUGCAAGUAGAUCAACUGAAUCGUUGAAUGUAAGUAAAUUUCUGUUCCUGCAGCUAGUUGUAAAUGUUUUCCGGACUCAAUUCCUUGUUUCUUAUGAAUAUACGUUCAAAAGCGCAAGUUUCCGCGUGUUUCAUCA